AUGUAGUAAAUUUACGGGAGCCCUCCCCACGUGUGAUCGAUUGAACUUCAACUUCCUCUCUCUAACCACUAACCUUUUUGACUAUGCACGCCAUACAACAACAAUACUGGAGCAUUCGUGAUUAUCUGAGCCCAGUCCUCAAGGAGAGCAAAUUCAAAGAACACGGACGGAUUACACCAGAGGAAUUCGUUGCUGCAGGGGACUUUCUUGCGUACAAGUUUCCUGUAUGGACUUGGGAGAAGGGAGAUUCCUCCAAAGCUCGAGAUUAUCUUCCAGCCGAUAAACAAUACCUAGUCACCCGCGGCGUUCCCUGUCUCCGUCGUGCUACAUCUCUGGCGUAUACCGACGCAGACGAAGACGCCGAGCGUUUACUCAACUUUGGUGACUCCUCAGCAGGCGGAGAUGGUGACGAGUGGGUCGAGACACACGCUGGACGCAAACCAAAUUUAGAUUCAGCAGCGAAUCCAGGAGAGAUCGCCGAUAUUCCUGAUGAUAACGCGCAAGAUGAUGACCUUGCUUCGGGAGUGGGAAAUAUGUCGUUGGGCAAUGUACCGGCGAUGUCUGAAAUCCCGGAUAUUGACGAGAUACCUGAUAUGGAGGAAGAAGAUCUUGAGGAAGGAGAUGCCGCUACUGCUCCAGUUAAGGCUACACCAAACGUGAUUGACCCCAGUCAAGUCGAAGUAGCGACGGGGAACUUACUUCAAGUUCGAACCUACGAUGUCAUGAUCACAUACGACAAGUAUUAUCAAACCCCCCGAAUCUGGCUACAAGGUUACGAUGAGAACCGAACCCCAUUGACACCCUCUCAAAUCUUCCAAGACGUCUCAGCAGAUCAUGCCCUCAAAACCGUCACUAUUGAACCUUUCCCUCAUUCCUCCUCCCUCCAGGCAGCUUCGGUCCACCCAUGCAAACACGCGAGCGUGAUGAAGAAAGUCAUCGAGCGUAUGAAUAACAGCGUAGUGGCCGAGCAGCUUGCGCAGCAAAAAAUUCCAAAGGAAAAGAAGAAAUGGCCUUUCGGUAGAAAGACCAGUGGCACUGGGAAGGACGAUAAGAACGCUGCCGCCGCCGCCGCUGCUGCUGUUGCUGGGGACGAUGAAGAGGUAGAGGGAAUGAGAGUUGAUUUUUACUUGGUUGUUUUCCUCAAGUUCAUUGCCUCGAUUGUGCCUACUAUCGAGGUCGACUCUACAACAUCCUUCUAGUGGAAUUUCAGAAGCAGGAAGAUUUUUACAGGAACGUUGAUACCCUGAUAUAUGUAUAUUUCCAUCGAUAGUCUCGUAUAGAAUUCGAGAAUGUAUGUCUUAGUACUCCGAUCGAUAUAUAUGAAGAAAGGAAUGAAAUCUGUUAAUGUACAAGUUUUGACGGC